CCCCUCUCUUUCUCGCCAUCCUUUUCCCCGUUGAGGCUUCACCGACUCGUACAUGCAUGUGUCAAAUGCGUGACAUCGACGAGAAGUGACGAGGAAGUCACGCAAGCAACACGAUUUAUUUAAUCGCGGCAAAUGUAUCUGCAAACAUGGAUAUUUGCGAUAGCGCAUAUAACUUAUGUUCAAUAUGUCGUCGCCAAACGCGGACUGUGCAAUGGCUACAAGUUUGGCGAGGACGAUCUUCAGACGUUCGACUUCAUCAGCAAACUGAAAUUGGAUCUGUUGGAUACGCGUUACAGUGGCAUGACGAAGGUCCGGGGCAGCAACCGCAUGCAAACUGCAUACCGGCUGGAGAAAGACACUGAUGUCACCCUCCCAAUAAAGAAUAUCACAUCCAGCGGACUUCCAGAAGAGUUCUCGUUGGUGUACACGCUAAGAGCUAGGAAAUCACCGAAGUAUCCUUGGCACGUUAUUAAAAUCGCGGACGCAAACGGCGAUGCUCAAUUCCUCAUCACGAUGAAUUCUAGGAAGCGAUCGUUAGAUUUUUCAUCGAUCGACCACGAGGGAGAAUUACAGACAGUCUCCUUUAUGAAUAAUCGCGUGUUCGACAGAGGAUGGCAUAAGGUGAACUUCGGGGUGUUUAAAGAUAAGCUGGUUCUUAACGUUGACUGUGAAUUCACUGGUAUGGAAGAUUUAAAACCGCGCCAGCCGAUCAAAGUCGACGGGAGUAUAUCGAUAGCUAAAAUGAGCAAUAGUAAGAUCACUGUACCGAUUGAUGUGCAAUGGAUGGUUCUAAAUUGCGAUCCAACGAGACACGAAAGAGAAACGUGCGAUGAAUUACCGAAAAUCGUAGCUGCUCCGCUUCAAAUAAAAUCCUGCGAUAUGGUCUGCCCACAAGGACCACGUGGAUUCAAUGGUACAAACGGAUUUCCUGGUCCACCUGGACCAUCUGGAGCACCGGGACCAAUUGGAACUACGGGUUUACCAGGACAACCGGGACCGCCGGGGGAACAAGGAAAGCCAGGAGUUCCAGGUGCAAGAGGUUUCCCAGGAUCACAAGGUCCGAAAGGAACUAUCGGAUUUCCGGGACCAUCAGGUUUACCAGGAUCACCAGGACAAAAGGGUGAAAGAGGUGAUAUGGGAUUCCCAGGUCUCAAAGGAGAUCAAGGUCCUCGAGGAUUUCCAGGCCCGUCAGGAAAUACGAGUGACUUUUUUCUUGGAUCGCUGAGAUAUAAGGGCGAGAAAGGAGCCAAAGGUGAACGGGGGGACAACGGGGUUCAAGGACAACCGGGUGAAAAAGGCGAACCUGGAGACAGAGGAUAUCCGGGAUUAGAUGGCUCCCGCGGUCGUGAUGGUGCACCAGGCCUUCCUGGUCUUCCGGGAUCUCCUGGUCGUCCUGGUGACACUGUAUUUACGAAUAUUUCUAGCAUUCCAAGGCCACAGGGUCUUCCUGGUAUAAGAGGGCCUCCAGGAUUACCUGGUCCACCAGGAUUGCCAGGACCUCCUGGUCAAAUGGGUCCGAAGGGCGAUGUCGGAGAACGCGGUCGAGAAGGCACGCCAGGCUUGACGAAUAAUAACAUCAUACCGGGAUUACCUGGCCCAGAAGGACCUGUCGGUCCUCCUGGCGAUGAUGGUUUACCAGGUGAAAAAGGAGAAAUCGGACCGACAGGUCUUCCUGGGCCACCUGGAGAUCCUGGAAAGGAUGGAUUACCAGGAUUACCAGGACCGCAGGGACUUCCAGGAUUACGCGGAGAACCGGGCUCUCCAGGCCCUCGAGGUUUAGAUGGACUUGCGGGAAAACCAGGACUUCCAGGACACGAUGGGAAAGUAGGCCAAAAGGGCAACAAAGGCGAAAAGGGCGAACAAGGGUCUAUCGGAUCUCGCGGACUACCUGGAAGUUCGGGUUUAACAGGUUCACCAGGUACACCAGGUAUACCAGGAUUAGAGGGAAGACCUGGUCUACCUGGUCCUCCAGGAUCGAUAGGGCCUCCAGGACCUCCAGGGCCUUCUGGUUUUUCAGCUGUAAACAAUAGUUUUAGUAGCACUGGUAGUCCUGGUCUCGAAGGACCUAGAGGUUCACCAGGUUCUCCAGGCAUACCAGGUGAAAAAGGAGCUCCUGGAGAACGAGGACCGGAAGGUCAAAUAGGACCGCCCGGAAUGCCUGGUAAAGACGGAGCGCCAGGAUUGCAAGGUCCUCCUGGAAAUAGAGGUCCAACAGGAUUACCCGGACUUCAAGGUCUGCCAGGUCAUAGUAUAGGCGAAGCGGAAAUUCGCGAUAUUUGCGCCAGUGUUCUGAGAGAACAGAUGACCGAAAUGGCAGCACUAAUGCAAGGUCCACCUGGUCUGCCCGGUCGGGGUCGUCCGGGCCGCCCUGGAUUACCUGGUCCUCAAGGUCGCCCAGAGAGACUGAAAGAACUAACAGAGGGUCUACGAGGGCUACCCGGUUUACCGGGGCCGGCUCGACACGGCCGUCCCGGUCGAGCCGGAAAGAAGGGCAUUCCAGGUGAUCCGGGAUCGCCGGGUUUGCCAGGGGAACGAGGAUUCGUCGGUUUACCGGGUUCGCAAGGUCCCAUCGGUCCGCAGGGGCCAUCUGGUGAACGUGGGGAAAAGGGGGAUAGAGGUCCCGAGGGAAUUGGUUUGGAAGGUCCACUUGGCCAACCAGGGCCACCAGGGCCUCCUGGUAAUGACGGCGUCGGUUUACCCGGAAGACAGGGAGACAGAGGCGAACCAGGUAGACCAGGUGUUCCUGGCGCGAGAGGACCGCCAGGAGCUCAAGGACCACCUGGAUAUUGCGAACUCUGCAAUUACCCUGGCAACAAUUACUUUCAUAAUCGUGGAAAUGAGAAAGGUCCUUGAACAACUGUAAGAACUAAUUUCUACGUAGCAAAAGAAGCACAAGAAGAAAGAGAAAGAGAGAGAGAGAGAGAGAGAAAUGCCUCGAAACAAUUAAAAAAAUUAUUAUUCGAUGUAUUUUCUGACACAAGUACUUUUAUAAUUUCGUUCAAUGUCUAAAAAUCUCUUUUACGGAGCACUGCCAAUGUAAAGCUAGCAUUUCACUAGGUUAAAAUUUAGAAUUAACUUCGAAUUCCAUGUACUAUUUAAUAAAAGCUUGCUUCGCUGUAACAGCUUCUCAGUAAAUUGCGGGAUCCGUCACUUUCCCGCUGAACCUUCUGUAAAGUUGAAAAUUAAAUAUCCGCGCCGCGCGGACGCGAUUCUCGUGAGAAAUUAAGUAGGAGAUUUCAAAUCGAGUCGCGCGCGCCGCCGCGGUCCGAUUUCCCCCGUUUCUUUCCGUUCACAGAGGUCGGUCUCUCGGGCGAUCGGACCGCCACCGUCCGGGGGGAGAUCAGCCAGAGCGACGUGCCAGUGAUGGCCGCGACGUGCGUCGGAUCGGGAUUCGUGCGGCGGGCUUGUUUACUGUGACGUCGUCCCCGGGCCACCGGGUAGGAAUCCGCGUCUCGCCUCCGUUCACCGGGUUCGUCCGGAUCGGCGGCCGCCAAUCGCGUGCACACCAAGCGUAUCGACCGCGAGGCGGACGUUCGUUCGUCCGCGUUUUGUCAAAACGAGCAUUCGGUCCGUCCGGUAAGAGAGAGAGAGCGCGGCCGCUCUCUCGGAUUAAAGACCGCCGGGCGUCUCGUUUUCCCCUUCUCCCUCCCCCUCCCCUACCUUUACUCUAUCCCUCGGGGAGAGAUCGCGAUCCGUCCCCGUUAGCGAUUUAAUGACGAGUGAGCGUGGUGAGCGGUAAGGUGCGAGGGUGGCCUUCCACGGGACGACGACUCCACGCCCCCGUCGGUACCCUUUUUUUCCUCUCGCCGAAGACACGCGCGCAGAGAGCGCCUCAGGUAGGUAGGCAGGUAGACAGAUAGGUAAACCGACCGGUAGAACAGGUUAGGUGCCCGCGGAGGCUGCCGCGAGGCGGUCCGUUUUCAAUCCUUACAACCUCCCGCGAUUUUUUGUCUCGCCGAAAUAUGUAUUUACAUUUUUUUAAAUUGUCACGUUUCUGCGAGCACCGCAGAGAGCGAAAAAAAAAGACGGAUUGAAGUUAUCGUAGCGCGACCUAGGAUUGAAAACGCUGCCGCUUGAUUAAACAGUUAUAUGAAUAAAUAACAGUUAUAUAAAUAAAAAAGAAAUUAAUUGAUCAACUCGAAACCUCAUUGAUGCGUCACGCUAAAAUUAUCUACUAACGAUCACUGCUCGGGAUCAUUCUACCUGGACCCUUCGAGAAAUUAAUGCGCUUGAAAAAUUCAUCUAAUUGCGAACGUAACGAUCCGAGCAAAAGUUCCAAAACAAUUUCGUCCGUCGAGAUAGAACGUCGAUAUUUCGCCCCUGUGUGCUCGGAGCCCCUGCGAAAUCCUCCCGGCACUCUCGACCGCGAAUUCGGAACGCGGGACCGCGCGCAUUAAGUGACAGCUUGAUACUGAUAGACGCUGAAUUAUUGAUGGGCAACCGCGGGAGAGGCAUCAUUUAUUGACGCGCGCCGUCCGCCUUUGAAAUUGAUCGGGGAAAUUAAGCGCGCGUAUCUGAUCUCUGCGGGAUAUGUAACGUUAAAUUAAAAACGGGAGGAAAAAAUAGAAACUGUCGAGAUACUAGGCGCCGGACAAAGCGAGAAACGAGAGAAUGCCGCCGCCGCGUUCUGCCGAUUCAAUGUUGAAUUUUAAUUAGCGCGUGUUUGUUUUAAUUGAAGGAUAUUUAUAUUGCAUAAGUAAAGAACGUCCGCGUGGUGCAAUUAAUUGAGAGGAGGAUUACCCGGCUAACGUCCAUUUUUAAUAAUUUAGAUUAACUUUAAUCUUACUUAACUUUCUCUUUAUAUUUUUCUAAAUUUUUUGAAAAAGAUAAAAAUCGAGAAAUAGAUAAUUUCUAUCAAUGCAGAUUAACUUUAAGCUCUAUUUAACUUGCUUGUUAUUUUAUUACAGUUUUAAAAAUUAGAAAAAAUUAAGAACUGGUAAAAACAGGCCUAAGAACGACUUCAACUUUUCGUUAAUUUAAUCGGCAAAUUAUAUUACUAUUACAACGAUGUUUUAUUGUUGAUUAUCAACUUUUAUUGCAAGAGAGGAGAGGGAGAGAGAUUAGAGAUAAUAAAUUAUGUAAUUGAAAAUGUCGCUUUACAUAAACAAGUCUCAUUCGGUAUCAAAUUAAUUAAGAUUAAUCGGAGUUUGAUUGCUUAAACGUCACCGAGAGGAAAAUCUCGUCUCUCCUUUCAGGCCGCGCGCAAGCGCGUGGUUUAUAAAGUUCCCCGCGCAAACAAAUCGGAGCUUGUUGCUUUCAUUCAUUACCACACAAGAUAAUAUCGUUUAUAUCUUCCGCACUUGUAGUAAAAUAAAUCAAAUCAAAUAAUAAUUGACGUAUCUAUAGACAAAUUAUAAAGUUAAAUUGAAAUCAUAUAAAUAUCAAAAUUUGAAAUUAAAAAAAAAAGAGAGAAAAAAUAGCGAAAAGCGCGUACUUCUUGUGUGCCGCUUUCCAAAGCUCGAUAGUAAACUUCGCAAGAUGUUUCGAACAUGACUGACGUAAACCGAGGAGAAAUCGCCGUCUCGAUCGCGCUGAUUUCGAUUCCUUUCCUCCAGUUUUACGCGGCUCCGAUUGUCGGUCAGAUUAAAGGGAUUCCACGAUGCGCGCUGAAGUUGGCCGCACCUCCCGGUCGCUCCGUUUCGCGCGUUCCUUCAAACGCGCCCGCGGCGGCCGCCCGGUGUUCCUUUCCCAGCCGUUCCACCGUUUCUUCGGCCGAUCUUACAUUUCCCCCCACCUGGCCCACUUAUCGUAUUGAUUCAAACUUAGGUAUCUGCGCUUAGUUCCCUCAUUCUGCCGGGGCUAUCGGCCGAUUAUUCUUUCAUUGCUUCCUGAUUGGUCUAUUCCGGUCUAUGAUCUCGAUCAAUUGCUGAGAAUAGCUAAAUUGACGAGGCGGCGGUCCAUAAAGAUGAAUACUUGCAAUUCGUCUUUAUUUUCCGGAAGAAAACAUUAACAUAAAUAUUUUUGAACAAAAUAUUAUUUUUAUAAAUAAUAUUUGUAAUGUUUUUGGAAAUUUUUAGGCACUAAAAAUUAAAAGACCGGAGGAAUUGUUUUUUAUUGUAUUUAAUAAUAAUUUUGUAUUAAAUUUCUUGUUAAAAUGAUUUUGUAAUUACUCUGCGUAAUAUAACUUGAGCUAACUUAUUUUUAUUUUAAAUAAUAUUUGAGAUGUUCGAAAAAUUUUUAGGCAUUGAAAAUUAUAAGAGAAAAGAGAAUUAUUUUUCAUUAAAUUUAAUAAAAAUUUUUAAAUCAAUUUCUUGUUAAAAUUAUUUUAAGCUUACCCUAUACGAUAUAAUUACAGUUAAUUUCAAGAUGGAAUUCUACUUAUGACUUUUAUGAAUCAUGUAUUUUAAUGUGUAUUUUAUGUAGAUGUACAUUCUCCGAGUCUCUUCAAAUGUUUUCGUGUUACAUGGCAUAUGAAAUUAUAAGUAGAAUACUGUCCUGGAUUCUGGCAUGAAUCUUACAUCAUUUAAAGCUAACAUCUCAUUUUUAUCUUAAAAGUAUUAUCUCGUUCAAAAUUAUCGUAUUGCAAAUAAGUUAUUACGUUGCAAAAAUUUUGAAUGCAAAGAAAAUAAUGGCGAAAAACACCGAGGAAAUUAGUGGCUGAAAAAAAGUGUCAGAUGAACGAUCGGUUCUAAAUCAAUUACAUCUUGGGGUAUCGACGUUUUCUAACUAGGUCAAUCCUUUACGGAUUAUAUCAUCACGGUUGAACAACCUUGAAUUAAUUCUUUUCCCGAAAAUACAGUCUUCAUAUAUAGCCUCGUAAAAAAGAGUCUAUAUAACGUCUGUCAUGGGAGAGGUAAAUAUUAACGCGGUUCAAAUUAUCUCUCACGAAAAAACGAGCUGAAAUCAAGUAUUUCCUCUUCAAUUUAAUCUUAUCAGCUAUUAUGAACACUGUCAAGUAGUGUAAAUAAAUAAUACAUAUGUAAUUUACUUUUCUUUUGAGUUUGUUCUAAUCUUGAAAUAUCAGAGAAAGAAAAUAGAUAUCUAACGUAAAUAUUCUUAUAAGAUAAGAAGUAACAUGCAUAUUUGUAAAAGUAUCAAUAAAAUUAUGAUAUAGUUAUAAUUAAAAAUUGUAAUUAUGAAUUAGAAAUGUUCUUACACAGCUACAUUCGUACGCAAAGUCCUAGUUGAAAACGUAUACUAAUGACACGUGGCGCGCUUCCGUAAGACAAAUACAUGGCGUGUACUCUCUAAUCAUUACUAAUUAGUUCUCUCUAGUCCGUCGUUGGAUCGUUAGGUCGACGAUGAACAGUCUCGUUCUCGUCACGACGCAACGUGACGCGCGUCUUACGAGCUACGAAUUAAGAGCAGCCUGAGACUGAUUGCGUAUCCACGCGUGUCUACGCGUAUGCACGGAGUGUUUCAUCGACUCGCGACGCGGAAUGUAUUACUUGGAACUAGAGCUAAUAGAGGAAAUAAUGAGGAGCGACGUUCAAUGGAUGCCGCGGCCUCAUAAAUUAUUCUACGCGAGCUCAAUCGAAAGAUCAAAUUUAACGAUUAAUUUCGGGAACCGUCACUAUUUCGAUGCGAGACGCGCGUAUUAAUAUAUCCUGAGCUAUUUAUUUCAUUUCAAAUAUAACACCGCGUCACGUUAUCGUAAGACAUAUAGUUGCUACAUAAUAAUCGUUCAAAGAGAUGCACGUGACAAAACGCUAAUGAAUUUGCGAUUAGUCACUCCAGCGACCUUCGCUUCGAGCGUACUUGCCGAUCUUUUAUGUUGCGCAUAAAUUUACCGCUACAACUACG